UACGGCCACGUAAACCACGGUAUGAAAACGUCAGGGGAACGAAAGCACAAGUGCGAAUUAUGCGGUAAAUCAUACAAAAAGAAGCAUCAUCUCGCGACACAUCGCCACAUGCAUACGGGCGAGAGGCCCUAUCAUUGCAGCAUAUGUGGUAAAUCAUUUUCAAGAAAGAAUAACCUUGAUGUACAUCGCCGCACUCACACAGGCGACAAGCCCUACCAUUGCAGCAUAUGUGGUAAAUCAUUUGUACAGAAGGCUCAUCUCGAUGCACAUCGCCGCACUCACACAGGCGAGAAGCCCUACCAUUGCAGCACAUGUAGUAAAUCAUUUUCAACACAGGGAAGUCUCCAUGUACAUCGCCGCGCUCACACAGGCGAGAAGCCCUUCAAGUGCACGACAUGCACAAAGUCCUUCACACACCGAGGACAUCUUCGUGUACAUGAACGUACUCAUACGGGCGAGAGGCCCUUCAAGUGCACGACAUGCACAAAGUCCUUUACAGACCGAGGACAUCUUCGUGUACAUGAACGUACUCAUAAGGGCGAGAGGCCCUUCAAGUGCACGACAUGCACAAAGUCCUUCACACACCGAGGACAUCUUCGUGUACAUGAACGUACUCAUACGGGCGAGAAGCCCUUCAAGUGCACGACAUGCACAAAGUCCUUCUCACACCGUGGAAAUCUUCGUGUACAUGAACGUACUCAUACGGGCGAGAGGCCCUUCAAGUGCACGACAUGCACAAAGUCCUUCACACAUCAAGGACAUCUUCGUGUACAUGAACGUACUCAUACGGGCGAGAAGCCUUAUAAAUGCAAGAUGUGUGAGUAUUCAUCAACCACAUCGUCAGAUCUUAAAAAGCAUCAACGUACGCACAGAAACAAGAAACCGUGAGCCUGCCGAAAAAGGAACAAUAUCACUUCUACUGACGAUGCAUCAAUGAGCAACUCCACAUUCACGCAGCUCUGUAUCCCUUCUC